AUGUCGGUGGCGGUAGUUGGUGUCGGAGGAGUUGGGAGUGUCACGGCAGAGAUGUUAACUAGAUGUGGCAUCGGAAAGCUGAUCCUGUUUGAUUACGAUAAGGUGGAGCUAGCGAACAUGAACCGCUUGUUCUUCCAGCCUCACCAGGCUGGGCUCAGUAAAGUGGAUGCUGCAGCUGCUACUCUCCAGAACAUUAACCCUGAUGUAGCCAUUGAUGCAUACAACUAUAAUAUCACCACCGUUGAUAACUUUCAAAAGUUCUGUGACACUAUAAGAACUGGUAGUCUAACUGGUGGUCCAGUGGACAUAGUUUUGUCGUGUGUUGACAACUUCGAGGCACGUAUGGCAAUCAACACAGCGUGUAACGAACUGAAUCAGAAAUGGUUCGAGUCUGGAGUGAGCGAGAACGCCGUGUCGGGACAUAUACAGUUCAUCGUGCCAGGAGAGACAGCAUGCUUUGCCUGUGCCCCGCCAUUAGUGGUUGCAUCCAAAAUAGACGAGAAGACGUUGAAGAGGGAAGGCGUGUGCGCAGCCAGUCUACCCACCACCAUGGGCAUUGUGGCAGGAUUCUUAGUACAAAACACAUUGAAGUAUUUAUUGGAAUUCGGCACCGUCAGCCAUUACCUGGGAUAUAGUGCAUUAACUGAUUUCUUUCCUACAAUGGGAUUGAAGCCGAACCCGCAGUGCGACGACCGUUUCUGCCGCGCCCGCCAGACGGAGUACAAGGCGCGGCCCGUCGUGGAACUGGCCACGGAGGUCACCGAGGACCUCACGCCCGUACACGCUGACAACGAAUGGGGUAUCAGUCUAGUCGAUGAGAAUAUACCAGAAGAAGAAGACACUUCCAAUCUUAAACUGGUUGACGGAGUUCAGGUGGCGUACAGCGUGCCGGUGGACAGCAGCACGCCCGAGUCCAGCACGGGCGGUGCCGUGGCCGCUUCAGAGCUGUCGCUCGAGGAACUCAUGCAGCAGAUGAAGUCCAUGUAG